CUCAUCUCCUUCUCCCUCCCUCUGUUUUUUCCAUGGCUGUCUCUUUUAAAUUGUCUGCGACUAUUGCUUUCUUUGUUGGACAUACAUUUUUGGGGCUGGGUAGCUCAGCGAAGUUUGAUGAGCUUUUCCACCCUGCUUGGGCUAACGAUCACUUCAUCAAUGAAGGAGACAUCCUUAAGCUCAAACUUGAUAACUUUUCUGGUGCUGGAUUUUCGUCAAAAAGAAAAUAUUUAUUUGGCAAAGUUAGCAUGCAGAUUAAGCUUGUAGAGGGCGACUCUGCUGGGACUGUCACUGCAUACUAUAUGUCAUCGGAUGGUCCGUAUCACAACGAGUUCGAUUUCGAGUUCCUUGGCAAUACCACCGGUGAACCUUACCUUGUUCAAACCAAUUUGUAUGUGAACGGUGUGGGCAAUAGGGAGCAAAGAAUGAACCUUUGGUUUGAUCCCACCAAGGAUUUUCACUCUUACUCCGUCCUAUGGAACCAACGCCAAGUUGUAUUUCUUGUGGAUGAGACCCCGAUAAGGGUUCACACUAACAUGGAACACAAAGGAAUUCCAUUUCCGAAAGAUCAAGCCAUGGGUGUGUACAGCUCGAUUUGGAAUGCUGAUGACUGGGCCACAAGGGGUGGCCUAGUGAAGACUGAUUGGAGCCAUGCCCCGUUCAUUGCCUCCUACAAAGGCUUCGAAAUUGAUGCGUGUGAGUGCCCAGUGUCGGUGUCGGCCGAUGAGAUUGCCGACAAAUGCAAAAGCAGCGGCGAGAAGAGGUUCUGGUGGGAUGAGCCUACAAUGUCGGAGCUAAGUUUGCACCAGAGUCACCAGCUGGUGUGGGUUAGGGCUAACCACUUGGUGUACGACUAUUGUUCCGACACUGCUCGGUUCCCCGUCAUGCCUGUCGAGUGUGAACAUCACCGCCACUAGUUGUGCGUGGCUUUUAGGGGCUCUUGGGUACAUUGUAAAAUACGUUAUAUGGCCUAAAACAUGUUAUCCCAUGUUUUUAUAUUUUGAUUCUCGCUUAGGUUUCUACGUUGUAUGAUAUUAUCCCAUAGUUAAUGGUAUAAAUCUUGCGG